AAUCAAAAACACGGAGCUGAGCUGCCAUUUUGUGUAUGUAUGGCUCGAGACAUUGACAGUGGUGUGGUCUCCACAUACAGUCUGUCCGUACACCACCACAAUUAAUUCUCCACUGCUUUCCAUUCUCGCCUUCUUCCCUCCCAUAUCUAUGUCUGUCUCAGUCCUCUCCAACAAAGAGAUAGAGAGAGUGUGUAUUGCUGUUUGUGUUAGAGAGUAAACUUACUAGUCCAUCGAAUUUUCCGGCCUCUAAUUCCUUCUCUAUGGAGAGAGCCAUGGAUUCUCAGAUCCAUGGCGCAUUCAGUCUCAUCUUGUUAAUCUCACUCGCCGCCAAUUUCGCCAUCGCAUUGCCGGCAAACCAAGUUCCCGCCAACUCUUCUCCAAUCAACUCCAACUCCAUCCUCGUCGCUCUCUUGGACUCCCAUUACACCCUACUCGCCGAGCUCAUCGAGAAGGCUCUGCUCUUGCAAACCCUAGAAAACGCCGUCAACCAACACAACGUCACAAUCUUCGCUCCCAGAAAUGAAGCCCUAGAGCGCCAACUCGACCCCGAAUUCAAGCGAUUCCUCCUCCAGCCCCGCAAUCUCAGGUCACUCCAGACUCUCCUCCUCUACCACAUCAUUCCCACCCGGAUCCCAACUCACCACUGGCCCACUUCACCAGCUGCCGACGAAUCAACGCACCGCACAGACUCCACUCACGCCACUCUCUCAGAGGACCGCUUGCAUUUGACGACCAAGAGUUCCGGCGAUAAAAUCGUUGACCUAGCUAGAGUUAUUCGGCCGGACGACGUCGUCCGCCCCGACGGAGUCAUUCACGGGAUCGAACGGCUGUUGAUUCCCCGAUCAGUGCAAGAAGAUUUCAACCGGAGACGGAGUCUCCAAUCGAUCUCCGCGGUUUUGCCGGAAGGAGCGCCGGAGGUGGACCCCAGGAGCCACCGGUUGAAGAAGCCGGCGUCUCCUGUUCCGGCCGGAUCCCAUCCGGUCCUGCCCAUAUUCGAUGCCAUGGCCCCAGGACCGUCUCUGGCUCCGGCGCCGGCACCGGGCCCCGGGGGACCCCACCACCACUUCGACGGCGAGAGUCAAGUAAAGGACUUUAUCCAAACCUUGUUGCAUUAUGGAGGGUACAAUGAAAUGGCGGACAUUUUGGUCAAUUUAACCUCAUUGGCGACGGAGAUGGGGCGGUUAGUUUCGGAGGGGUAUGUCCUGACGGUCUUGGCUCCGAACGAUGAGGCCAUGGCCAAACUCACCACAGACCAAUUGAGUGAGCCAGGUGCGCCUGAGCAGAUAAUGUACUACCAUCUGAUACCAGAGUACCAGACGGAGGAGAGUAUGUACAAUGCUGUGAGGAGGUUCGGGAAGGUCCGGUAUAAUACACUGCGGUUGCCGCAUAAGGUGGUGGCGGAGGAGGCUGAUGGGUCUGUGAAGUUUGGACAAGGGGAUGUGUCUGCGUAUUUGUUUGAUCCGGAUAUUUAUACCGACGGGAGGAUUUCAGUGCAGGGGAUUGAUGGUGUGUUGUUUCCGCUAGAGGAGGUCUCAAAACCAUUGACGAAAGCUGUGCAGGUGCCUAAGGCGGUUGCGAAGCCGCGGAGAGGGAAGUUGGUGGAAGUCGCAUGUAGAGUGAUAGGGGCUUUUGGACAGAAUUAUGAUUUCAGUAGCUGUCAAUGAAAAUAAUUCACAUUCCUCAUGAUUAAUCCCAAAUCAAAGAUGAACAACAGAAAGGGUGAGCAUUUGGAGACACCCCCAUUCAGAUGAUGUUGGAUUGAACAAGUUUAAAAAGGGUUUUAUAGACUUACAUUAAUAUUUGUCAAAAUUUUGACCGUAAAUUAGUGUCUAUUCCAUUGGCACGUCUAGAUGAUAAUGGGAAGAGAACUUGCAUUGGCACGGCCAAGCAAUUCAAUUCCUUUGUUGUUUUGUUAUAAAUUAAUACUGUAAUUAUAUAUCAAUUAUUUAAUGUAAUACAGUAUUAUUAUCUUAA